AGGUUAAAGCUACCGGGACGGGUCCCGGCAUCUCUAAAUCACCGCGCCCUGGCCUCUUCGGCCUCCGUCCGCCGCGGCCCAGGGGCCGGGCUUCUCAGCUGCUGACCCACUGCCACCGACUGCGCUCUCUCCCGUGGGUCGGCUUUUUGCUCGCCAUGCCUCCGCCGCAGGGUGAUGUGACCGCCUUGUUCCUGGGGCCUCCGGGCUUGGGGAAGUCCGCGCUGAUCGCAGCGCUGUGCGACAAGGAUGUGGAGACGCUCGAGGCCCCCGAGGGACGGCCGGACUCCGGGGUCCCCAGCCUAAGAGCUGCGGGCCCAGGCCUUUUUCUGGGCGAGCUGAGCUGCCCACCCGCAGCACCGGGGCCCUGGGCGGCGGAAGCCAACGUGCUGGUACUGGUGCUGCCCGGACCCGAGGGGAACGGGGAACCGUUGGCUCCAGCCCUGGGAGAGGCAGCGCGGGCCGCCGUGGCCCGAGGGACCCCGCUACUGGCUGUGCGGAACCUGCGUCCUGGGGAUUCACAGACUGCCGCCCAGGCCCGUGAUCAGACAGCAGCUCUGCUGAACAGCGCGGGGUUAGGAGCCGCGGAUCUGUUUGUGCUACCGGCAAACUGCGGCAGCAGCGACGGCUGCGAGGAGCUAGAGCGCCUCCGGGCGGCGCUGCAGAGCCAGGCAGAAGCGCUGCGGAGGCUCCUGCCACCGGCCCAGGAUGGCUUCGAGGUGCUGGGUGCAGCAGAGCUGGAGGCUGUGCGUGAGGCCUUUGAGACCGGCGGCCUGGAGGCUGCGCUGUCGUGGGUGCGCUCAGGCCUGGAGCGCCUGGGCAGCGCACGGCUAGACCUGGCCGUGGCCGGCAAGGCUGAUGUGGGCCUUGUGGUGGACAUGCUGCUUGGAUUGGAUCCUGGCGACCCAGGUGCUGCGCCUGCUUCGGUCCCCACGGGACCCACUCCCUUCCCAGCCCCAGAGCGCCCGAAUGUGGUGCUCUGGACCGUGCCUCUGGGCCCCACGGGCACUGCCACCACCGCGGCCGCCGCCUCUCACCCAACGCACUACGACGCCCUCAUCCUCGUCACCCCUGGGGCCCCCACUGAGAAGGACUGGGCCCAGGUCCAGGCCAUGGUGCUACCAGAUGCGCCUCUUGUCUGCGUGCGCACUGACGGCGAGGGCGAGGAUCCGGAGUGUCUGGGAGAAGGCAAGAUGGAGAAACCCAACAGCGAGAGCUUAAAGAACGCAGGCGGAGGGGGAUUGGAGAAUGCACUCAGUAAGGGAAGGGGGAAAUGUAGCCCUGGAUCGCAGAAAGCAGGCAGCGGGGAAGGUCCUGGGAAAGCUGGCAGCGAGGGUUUGCAGCAGGUUGUCGGCAUGAAGAAAUCAGGUGGUGGCGACUCAGAGCAGGCAGCCGUGUUAAGCCCGGAGGACGAGACGUGGGAGGUGCUGGAGGAGGCGCCGCCGCCAGUGUUCCCCCUACGGCCUGGCGGACUCCCAGGGCUGUGCGAAUGGCUGCGGCGAGCGCUCCCCCCAGCCCAGGCAGGGGCGCUGCUGCUGGCGUUGCCACCAGCAUCUCCCAGCGCUGCCCGAACCAAGGCUGAGGCGUUGCGGGCCGGGGCGUGGAGGCCAGCUCUGCUGGCUAGUCUGGCGGCGGCGGCGGCACCACUCCCAGGGCUGGGCUGGGCAUGCGACGUGGCACUUCUGCGGGGUCAGCUGGCGGAGUGGCGACGGGGCCUGGGGCUGGAACCCGCGGCACUGGCUCGACGUGAGCGCGCCCUGGGCCUGGCUUCUGGAGAGCUGGCAGCGCGCGCUCAUUUCCCAGGCCCGGUGACGCGCGCCGAGGUGGAAGCAAGGCUGGGCGCCUGGGCGGGCGAGGGCACUGCUGGGGGCGCAGCACUGGGCGCUCUCUCCUUCCUCUGGCCUGCGGGUGGUGCAGCGGCGACAGGUGGCCUGGGCUACCGAGCGGCUCACGGCGUCCUGCUGCAGGCUCUCGAUGAGAUGCGGGCUGAUGCUGAGGCUGUGCUGGCACCCCCUGAGCCUGCCCAGUGAGGAAUGGGAGGGGGCUUGGGAGUCCAGACUCUGACAGGGGAUGCCUGGGCUUAAUCCUGGGUGCUUACGGGGAUGUGGGCUCUUGACCUCUAGCUGGGAUGUGUGACUUCUCAUCACCUGGAUUCAGAGAGUCUGGGGGACAGGAAUCCUGAUUUCUUUUUUUUUCUUUUUUUUUUUUUUGAGAUGAAGUCUCUUGUUGCCCAGGCUGGAGUGCA